GAGUAAAUUUCUCCCUGUCAUCAGGUCGCGGGGAGAGGAGGAGGGGUAGGAGGAGUUUGUUAAUGUUCAGUUUGUUCAGCGGGAUCGAUGUUUGCUGGCAUCGCCUCGCCCUGUCUUGUGUGUGUGAGUGUGUGUGUGUGAGUGUGUGUGUGUGUGCGCGCGCCCAUAUGGGGGGGUGAGUGUGUGAGAGGAAGGAGUGCGUGCGUGUGUGAGUGUCUGUGUGUGUCUGUGUGUGUGCGAGUGUGUGAGUGAGUGAAUUCCAGAUUUUCUGUCUUGCCCAAAUCCGCGCCUGUCCGCUCGCACAUCCCUCCCGGACGGGGAGCUGACGGCAGCCGCACACCGACAGCGAGCGACCCCCUCCGCGGCGCGGGGCCGCCAUCGACCUCGGCGAGGAGGAGGAGGGACAGGAGGGACAGGAGACGGCAGACGGGGAAGAAGAAGAAGAAACCGCCGCCUUCCCGGGAUUGCCUUUUUUUCCCCCUUAUCUUUACGCGCGCGUGUGCGUGCGGCGCGUGUGCGCCCCUCGCCCCUUCCAUCCGAACGCGGUCUUGGAUGUUUAAUAAAGAAAUCAAGUGUCUCCACAGUCACCAAAAAAAAAAAACAAGCAAAAAACAAAACCAAAAAAACCAAAAAUUUCCAAAAAGCAAAAACAAAAAGAGAGGAAAAAAAAAUCCAAAACAAACAAACAAACAAGGCAGAAAACCAACCUCUACUUGAGACCUGCCGGCACGAGCCCCCCCGGGCCUGCCACCCAGAGAGGGGGGUCUCCGGCCCGUGGCGGAGGAGUGGCAGGGGGGCUCGUCGGGGGGACCGAGGCCGAGCGACGCCCCAGGAGCCACCGGGCAGGAGGCGGAGGCGCCCCGGAGCGGCGAGAGAGACAGCGGGCCCCGCGCGCGGCCCGGGGCCGGGGCGCCAGGAGCGGGACUGGAGCGGAGCAGAGCGAUGCCCAGGAGGAAGCAGCAGGCACCCCGGCGGGCGGCAGGCUAUGCCCAGGAGGAGCAGCUGAAGGAAGAGGAGGGAUUAAAAGAAGAAGAAGAGGAAGAAGAAGACAGUGGCUCAGUAGCUCAGCUUCAGGGCAGCAAUGACCCAGCGACAGACGAGGAGCUAGAAACAGGCGCGGAGCAGAAAGCCUGCUUCAGCUAUCAGAACUCUCCCGGAAGUCAUCUGUCCAAUCAGGAUGCCGAGAAUGAGUCUCUGCUGAGCGAUGCCAGUGAUCAGGUGUCAGACGUCAAGAGCAUCUGCGGCCGAGAUGCCUCGGACAAGAACGCAAGCGUGCAGCCCAAGCUCCCAAACGAAGCCCACAAUUGCAUGGAUAAGAUGACUGCUGUCUACGCCAACAUCUUGUCCGAUUCCUACUGGUCGGGCCUGGGUCUGGGCUUCAAGCUGUCCAACAGCGAGAGGCGGAAUUGUGACACCCGAAAUGGCAGCAGCAAGACUGAUUUUGAUUGGCACCAAGAUGCUCUGUCCAAAAGCCUGCAGCAGAACUUGCCGUCCAGAUCCGUGUCCAAGCCCAGCCUGUUCAGCUCGGUCCAGCUGUACCGGCAGAGCAGUAAGAUGUGCGGCACCGUCUUCACCGGGGCCAGCAGAUUCCGGUGCCGGCAGUGCAGUGCCGCCUACGACACCUUGGUCGAGCUGACUGUGCACAUGAACGAGUCGGGCCACUACCAAGAUGACAACCGCAAAAAGGACAAGCUUAGACCCACGAGCUAUUCAAAGCCCCGGAAAAGGGCUUUCCAGGACAUGGACAAGGAGGAUGCUCAAAAGGUUCUGAAAUGCAUGUUUUGUGGCGACUCCUUUGAUUCCCUCCAAGACUUGAGCGUCCACAUGAUAAAAACAAAACAUUACCAAAAAGUGCCUUUGAAGGAGCCAGUACCAACCAUUUCAUCAAAAAUGGUCACUCCGGCGAAGAAACGCGUCUUCGAUGUCAAUCGGCCGUGCUCCCCCGAUUCCACCACAGGGUCAUUUGCAGACUCGUUUUCUUCUCAGAAAAGCGCCAGCUUGCAGCUGUCCUCCAACAAUCGCUAUGGCUACCAGAACGGCGCCAGCUACACCUGGCAGUUUGAGGCCUGCAAGUCCCAGAUCUUAAAGUGUAUGGAGUGUGGCAGCUCCCAUGAUACCUUGCAGCAGCUCACCACCCACAUGAUGGUCACAGGUCACUUUCUUAAGGUCACCAGCUCUGCCUCCAAGAAAGGGAAGCAGCUAGUGUUGGAUCCACUGGCUGUGGAGAAAAUGCAGUCUUUGUCAGACGCCCCAACCAGUGAUUCUCUGGCUCCCAAGCCAUCAAGUAACUCAGCUCCGGACUGUACAGCCUCUACAACUGAGUUAAAGAAAGAAAGCAAAAAAGAAAAACCAGAGGAUAUCAACAGGGAUGAGAAAGUCAUGAAGAGCGAGGAAUAUGAAGACCCUCUGCAAAAGCCCUUAGACCCUACGAUUAAAUACCAGUACCUAAGGGAGGAGGACUUGGAGGAUGGCUCAAAGGGUGGAGGGGACAUUCUGAAGUCAUUGGAAAAUACUGUUACCACAGCCAUCAACAAAGCCCAAAACGGGGCUCCCAGCUGGAGCGCAUACCCCAGCAUCCAUGCGGCCUACCAGCUGUCAGAGGGCACCAAGCCAUCCUUGCCCAUGGGGUCCCAGGUACUACAGAUUCGACCAAAUCUUGCCAACAAGUUGAGGCCAAUUGCACCGAAGUGGAAGGUAAUGCCACUGGUGUCUGUGCCCACGAGCCUGGCCCCAUACACUCAAGUCAAGAAGGAGCCAGAAGACAAAGAUGAAACUGCCAAGGAGUGUGGGAAAGAAAGUCCCCACGAAGAUGUGGCAUCAUCUUUCAGCCAUAGUGAGGGGGAUUCUUUCUCCAAAAGUGAGACCCCUUCAGAAGGCAAAAGGGCUGAGCCUUGUGUCCCGAAGGAGGAGGACAAGCUGAUGAAGGAGGGUGGGGAGAAAGAGAGAGCCCAGCCCCUGGAGCCAACCUCUUCUCUCAGCAAUGGCUGUGCCCUCCCCGGCCACGCCCCAGCCCUGCCAUGCAUCAACCCACUCAGCGCCCUGCAGUCCGUCCUGAACAAUCACCUGGGCAAAGCCACGGAACCCUUGUGCUCUCCUUCCUGCUCCAGCCCAAGUUCAAGCACAAUUUCUCUUUUUCACAAGUCGAAUCUCAGUGUCACGGACAAACAGGUUUUGAGUCCUGCCUCCACAAGGCCAGCCAGUGUGUCUAGGCGCUACCUGUUUGAGAACAACGAUCAGCCUAUCGACCUGACCAAGUCCAAAAGCAAGAAAGCCGAGUCCUCGCAAGCACAAUCCUGUACGUCCCCACCUCAGAAGCACGCCCUGUCUGACAUCGCUGACAUGGUCAAAGUCCUCCCCAAAGCCACCACCCCAAAACCUGCUGCUUCCUCGAGGGUACCUCCCAUGAAACUGGAAAUGGAUGUCAGGCGCUUUGAGGAUGUCUCCAGCGAAGUCUCAACUUUGCACAAAAGAAAAGGGCGGCAGUCCAACUGGAACCCUCAGCAUCUUCUGAUCUUGCAGGCUCAGUUUGCCUCCAGCCUCUUCCAAACCUCGGAGGGCAAAUACCUGCUGUCCGAUCUGGGCCCACAAGAGAGAAUGCAGAUCUCAAAGUUUACGGGACUCUCCAUGACAACCAUCAGCCACUGGCUGGCGAACGUCAAGUACCAACUUAGGAAGACAGGCGGGACAAAAUUUCUGAAGAACAUGGACAAAGGACACCCGAUCUUUUAUUGUAGUGACUGUGCCUCCCAAUUUAGAACCCCUUCCACCUACAUCAGUCACUUAGAAUCUCACCUGGGUUUCCAAAUGAAGGACAUGACCCGCAUGGCCGUGGAACAGCAAAGCAAAGUGGAGCAAGAGAUCUCCCGGGUGUCUUCGGCUCAGAGGUCUCCAGAAACAAUAGCUGGUGAAGAGGACACAGACUCUAAAUUCAAGUGUAAGUUGUGCUGUCGGACAUUUGUGAGCAAACAUGCAGUAAAACUCCACCUAAGCAAAACGCACAGCAAGUCACCCGAACACCAUUCACAGUUUGUAACAGACGUGGAUGAAGAAUAGCUCUGCAGGACAAAUGCCUUAGUUUCAACUUUCCAGCCUGGACCCCCCUCACACGGAGUCCUCCGUUGUUAUCACCCUGCUUCUGACAUUGAACUCCUCCUGACACCCUGCUCUGAGAAGACUGCCAAAAAAAAAAAAAAAAAAAAAAAAACCCACCCCAGCCAUUUCUCUUCAUUCUCACUAACAAUUUGGUAAUGAAGUAUUGAUUUCCACUUCUCUGCUUAUGGACGAUAUUAGAUUUUCAUUGAUAAACUGCAAUGGGGCUGUCUUGUCUCCACGGUCCCCUUUUCACUGUCACAAGAAAACAAAGUGCCACCGAAGAAAAAUAAUGACUGAGGACACGGGUGUACUUAUUUUGUUGGUUUGUUGGUUUGUAACACUUGACAGGAAGAGGGCAGUGGGGGGAGGGGACCGACAUAAGUCUUCACGGUGUAACUGCCAAGUGAGCUGCGAGAUGCACAUGCCUGGAAGCUUCCUUUUCAUGGUAAUGUCCAUUUCCUAUUUAUAACCCCUCUGGGAACGUUUGUCUAAAGGAAAUGUUUCUGUUCGGUGCAACAAUUACGGUUGCACCUGGAUUGCCCAGUCCUGCCCCGGGAACCAGGGAGCCAUCAAUCACCGCAAAGUGGAACAAUUAUUAAGUUAAACCAGAGUUUGAGCCAAGAAAGCCUCUAAACAAUGUUCACCGUGUGCGAAAGUGGCUCAGACAGUCAGGCUUAACCAUGUUGCUGCCAAAGACUUUCUCCCAUGCAGUCGUGGGCAUCUUUUUUUUAUCAUCGUUAUCUUUAUUGGUUUAAAAAAAAAAAAAGUCCUAAGCACGCACCACUGUCCUAGGAGACCUACAAAGUGGGAGGAGCGGGGACAUGCGUGAGAUGUAGGAUGUGAAAGAGAGGACGAAGAUGAGACCAUUGCAGGGUGGAAGGUUCAGCAGCAGCCUUUCCUGGUCAUCUCUUUCCUAAGACCUGUUGUUUAUGGGCUCAAAAACACACCUUAGCUUGAGAAGCAACAGAAAGCAUGAAAUAGGGUGUCCAUUUUAAAUGUGUUCCUGCAACUUUUUUCAUUAAAACUUUGAGGGCCCAAUUUUAAUUUGUGGAAUAUUCCCGUUAAUAAUGAGAUCUAAUUAAGACAUCCAUUAAAAGCCCGUUAAAGUUAAUUUAACGUAAAAAUUCCAAUAGAACUGUAUUAGAUUUUCUCCAUUAAAUUAACGUUAUGGAUUUUUAACGGAUGUCUUAAUUACACAUUAUUAUUAACGGGAAUACUGUAUUACACAGAUUAAAAUCAGGUCCUAAGUCAACUUGGAAAAGCUAAGAGCAUGUUGUAAUAUUAAAAGUCAUGCCUAACUAGUGCACAGUUUGGAAAUUCAGGGGUAGAUCUGUUUACUCUAGUUGAGAAUUUUCCAUACCACUGAAAGCAACCUGUAAUAGAUAAAUCCAUCAUUGCUUUAAACGAUGAAUUUCCUUAUUCUCAAAAGACAAAUAAUUCUGGAUUGUGUUGUAAACUGCUACUCAGCUAUACAUGAAAUAUUUAAACUAUUCUAGGUACAACACUAGGAACUAGAUGAUUCUUAAACAAAAGAAAUGUUUUUUUGUUUUUGCUUUAAGUACCAAGGUUAUCACACAAAACAAAUCUCAACACCAACAAAAUGAAGCCAAAUAUACCCAAAUAUACCCUCUUCACCAUUUCUCAUGGAGGCUGCUUUUUGGAAUUGCUUUGGAAAUUUUGACAUGAUCCCUAAAUUCAACACUGGGAUUAAAAAAAAAAAAAACUUCUUAUUUACCUCCUAGGGAAAGUGUUGCCCUUAUGCCACAUAUAAUAGCAAAUUGCUUUUUUUAUGGCAUGCAUAACCUAGAUGGGAAAAAAUAUGGCGCUUCGGGGAAGGAGGGAAAAAGUAAAUGAAGUUCCAGGAAUGUCAUUCUGAAGUAAUGAGGCAUGGACAGAAAAUAUACCCCUCACAUCAUCGGAUUGAGAUGGCAGUCGAAAUAGCUUCAUUGAAGUGUCAGCACUCAUCCAUCAAUCAAUCACCCACAAGGAAAAAUAGCAGCAGUACAACGGGGCGGCUUUUAUGGGAUUUACUCAUGGGCAUAGGGAAUAGCAGCUCAAAUGUAGUUCUGACAUGAAAAGCAAGGUGCUGAUAUUAUUUUUUAUGAUGGGAGGAUCAUAAAGUGAAUUGAGAACAGCGAGGUCUGUCUUUGCUUAACCUAUUCAACCAGAAAUGAAUGGAGCUCAACUGGAAAGACACAGUCUUCGGAUGGGUUAAGAUUGAAGGGUGGACUCUACUGAGCACUGUCCUUUGACAACGAAAUUCUAUUAAAGGAAAAUCAAUGCAUUAGCAUUGGGGUUUUUAAAGCUGUUAAAAAUUGCCUGCUCCAACCCAGGGUUAUUAGAUAAAGUUACAUAAUUCAGAUUCUGUCGCAACCCUCCAAAAGCAGAUUCUUGAGCUCCUGCUCCAACUCGGGAGCAACAAUAUAAUUCUCAAUUCCAUGGAAAUUGUUUUAAGAAGGAAAAAAAUAAAUCAUCCCCUUCAACAUACAUAUAAUCUAUAUGGUUUUGUUAAUGCAAUUUCUACGGCGGGGUGGGGUGGGGCACAAGAGACAAAAAUAUUGAUGAAUUUGGUAAGACUCAUGAAUUGUCGCUUGGUAACCGUAAAUGUCACUGCUGAGGGACAGCUGCUAAUGUUCUCCUUAGGAAACAAGAUCUGGGCUCACACUGUGAGAUACACAGCUCUCAGGAUAUUCCUAGAGACCAGGCCUGUCUUCAUUUGGCAAGCCCUAUGAGGCUUCUAGAAAGUUCCUUCUGGAGGGAAAACUAAAUAACAUGAACUCAGGAGAAUGUUUUUAUCUGCUUCCUCCCUCUGAAUAUAUGUAGUUUUGAUAAGUUGGAAAUGGAAAGAAAGAUGACAUGCAAAUAUCAUGCAAAUUACACUCGAGUAUCUCCAUUCUGUCACCAACCCUUGGCAUCAGUGAGGGUGAGAGAUUGCUUUCCUUCCCCAUCCCUCCUUCUAGCUAAGGCUACUAACUAGCUGCAAACUGAAAUGUCCAUUGAAAAAAGUCAUAUAUAAAUAUUUAAGUUUUAUGUAUGUAGCCCCAUUUUGUAAUUCAGCAAAUUCAUUAAGUGUAUGGCAUGUCACAAAGCACCCAGGGCACAGGGCAUAACAAGAAACACAAUUUAUUCAGCAAAUUCAUUCAACAAGUAUUAGUGGGCAUCUACUGUGGGCAGGACACUGUUCUAGGUGCUCUGGGAAACAACAGUGAGUAAUUCACACAAUAUCCGGGUCCUCCUGUUGUUUGCAGCAGCUCCUAAAGGGAGCUGAAGCCAGACCCCCAGGGGAGGUGUUCACAUAGGUCCAACUCUCUCUGUGUUGUUUGCAUUUUAUUCCUGUUUUCCAAAAUAACAAUAUUUUAGAAUAAGGAAUUCUCCUUCUGGAAAGCAUUCAGGGUUACAAUAGCUUAAAGGUAGGUCAAGGCCUAAAAGUAGAAUAUAAUCACAGAAUAUAUUGGAUAGCCCAGACAGUGCCCACAGAAGUUCUUUCAGGUCACAAGCAGAUUUCUUAGAACUCACACCCCAAGUGUGCCUGCUCUGUUAUUUGAGUCUUGCAUAAUUAAUGUCAUAGCCACCAGCCGCUGAACUUAGUUGAAAUGCAGAAAACAAACAAAUGAAAUGACAUAUUUGGGAAGCAUUUAUGUAACUCUGGUUAAGCCGGGAGGAGGUGGGUGUGUGCAUGUGUGAAUUCAUUUAGGUAAACAAGAAUUACACUGUUUCCAGGGUCUAUGGACAGUGACACAAUAAGAGUCUGAUUCUCUGAAACUUUUCACAGUAAAUCCAAAGAUUACAAGGCCUUAAAAGGUGCUUGCGUUCUGUUGCUUUUCCAUCUGUCAUGUCCCCAGGUUAUUCGAGUGCGUUCAAACCUUUUUCAUUGGGUUUCAUUUUUUUAAGCUUGUUAAAUGUUUUUGUUUAAAAACAAAAAAACAUUAAAAAAUGUCACUUUCACAUUAUCCUCUAUUCUCUGCAACAAGAAGUGUGUAGAUGAAUGCUAAAAUAAUAAUUUUUUAUUAUUAGGAAGUACUGAAGGCUUUAACACAGACAUGCACAUAUGUAGAUCUAAAGAGCAAUAAAAGUAAUAUCUAUGUUGAACAUGCAUUAGGAAGAAAAAUUACAACUAAAGUUUCAGUUUAUUUUUUUCCCCUGUGAGAUGUUAAAAUGCUAAUUUCAUUUUCUCCCUUCCUGUAUGCGGCACUUUCUCAAAAUAUCCAUGAAAUACUUUUAGACAAGGAUUAAACAGGAGAAAGAGAUACAAAUUUCCAUCCCCGCAGACAGAGAGACAUGCUUCCAUUGUAAGGAAGCAUUAAACAUUUUGAAACUUGUGAAUCAUCUUCAGAAUUUUUACAGGGGAAUUUUACCUCUUCACCCAAAGUAAAGUCACUUAUCUCCUUUGGUUUCCUGUGACAGGUUCAGAGACAUAUGCAGAUGUACAAUUUCCAGGCUCUACUUAAUCUUCUUGCAAUAGUUUCGAACAAUGGGCUAACGGGUGUGGGUGUUUCUCCAAAAAUUAUUCAUGCGCAAGGCAGCCCAAAGCUUCAGGGAAAACUAGAAAUGUUUUAUGGAUUAGAAUAAGACUGUUUUAAAAUGCUAGUACCAGGUGGAAUGCUAUUUCUGCACCAGGACUCUGUCCAUUUCCUUUGGAAAAAUAUAUUCCAAGUAAAAUGGUUCUUCCAAGUAAUGGCAACCAGAUAUGACACCUUUCAGUAUACAAAUGAUUUUACCAAUAGCCAUAUGAUUAUCAUUAAGGCCUUUUAACAAGUGAUCUGUUUUUAUAAGACAGAUUAAAUAGUCACAGCUCUUUGUACAAUGUUUAUUUGCUUAAAUCUGCAUUUGGAAGUACAAAUAACAACUCCUUUAUGAGAACCCCCAGGGGAAGUUGAAAAAUUCGAACAAAUGCAUUCUUAAAAAAUGAAAAUCUACCACUCCCUUAAACCCCCCCAGAAAAUGAAUUUCAGUGUUUCACUGAAUUAUCUGGGACCUGAAACCUGCAUUUGGCUAUUAGUCUCCAGGCAAAGGCUUAUAUUUACAGAACUUGAACAAUCUUGAGUAUAUCUCAAAUGUGAAGACUUUGUACAGUAAUAUUUUCACUUUCUCAGUGACCCUUAGAACAUUCAAUUAUGAAUGUGUAUGUAUAUUUUUUAAAUACUCAAAGUUCAACUGGUCUGCAGAGAAGAAAUAAAAAACUGUUCCUGAGAUAAAUACUACAGGAACACUCCAGUUUUGCAAUACAUUUUGGCUUAUAACACAUCACACUCUAUAAUGUGCAGUGCAAGUCAAAAAUAAAAGCUGACAUCUGAAACAAUUCUCAUUGGCUCAGGGUUCUUAAAUGUCAUAAUAUCUUGGGAUAUAAUAUACUUUUUGGUCUCUGAUAUACUGGUAUCCUUCGAAUCCCUUCCAACUUUGAUUCCUAACAGCCAGGCACUGUCAGCAUGAAUCAUAAACUUCCAAACCCCUUUAAAAUUAAGAAGGUAGUUGAUCACACACGGUCUUUUUAAUGGUCAGCCAGUUCUUCAUCUGCAGAACACUUGUAGCUUUUUAGGAAAUUCGGUACCAACCAUGUUUACAUUACCUAUUUGCCCUCUUGUGUUAAUUCUGGACUUUCUUUUUCUUUAGAAAAGGCAGUUGGGGCGGUAGGGCCGAGUGAGUUGGGAGAAUUACAUUCAUCCUUGCUCUGAGGGAAACUGUUUAUUUGCCAGCAAAGAAAGGCAAACACAUUUUUAUAUUAGGAAAGCAGACUAGUCAUUUUCAAAGAAAAAUGACCACAACUGUACCUGUAGAAUGUUUCUGUGCAAGGGCACUAAUUUUCUAUCCCCUGCAUGCUGUAUAUAAUACAUUUGCCUGUCUAUUAGGAGGAAAAUUCAGGCUGUUUUCCUUGUGUACAAUGCAGCUUGGAUGGCUGGGAACAUAAGCCUUCCGUACAUUUUUAUACUGUACAUAUUUGUAUAUACUAACUAUAUCGCCAUGUAUGAACACAGAUUUCGUUAUAUUUGCUUGUUUCUGUUUCCUACCAAACUGGCCCACGAUGGGGAUUCUUUUGUAUAGAAAAAAAUAUGCUUGUAAUUUUUUCCUGAUCAUUCUCUUUCAAUAGCUUCUGAAAGAAUUAGAUCUGAGUUUACAAAGAAAUUAUGAGAACCAAGUUUGUCUGUCUGCAUGAGUCCCAUCCAGUUGCUGGAUCUAGGGAGAUACCAACAUUCGGAUUCAGAGUUUUCCUUCAAAGGCAUGCUUUACCCCUUGGGGAAACUGCAAACUCAUCCAUGUAGAAUUAUCCUCUUUGUAUUUUAUCUAAUAGUGCCUGAAAAUUUUUUUAAUGUCUUCUUAGAGGAAGAAUUCAUAAUUGUCAAAAUUUGAAGCAUUAGCUUAAUUUUGUUUUUAUGACCUCGCAAUUCUUCUCCUUAUUUAUUCGGUUGCUAUUGUAAUGGGGCCCCAGGCCAUUCCUGACAUCGGCGUGUUCUUCUUCUGCAUUAAGGAUGUUUUUAAAAUUACAGAGAUUAUUGAGCCAACAGGCUGUUUUAAUCAAAACCAUGUUUCACUUGUUUUUGAUGAUUAUAAAUUGUCCUUGCUAUGAAAAAAAAAAAGAAAAUUUCUGCUAGGAAAAUCAUACCACCCUGUGGCCAAACGGAUUCAUCACAGAUAGGCAUCCAUGCCCACUUCUCUGGGAUCCACAAAAUUCUUCCCUUGGCUGGCCAUACUUUCUUUGACUCCCCAUCACUCCAAUGCUAGUAUAGUCACUACUUGCAAAUGUCCAAAGGCUUGGCCAUAUUGUCGCUGCCCGAUAACAAAGAGCCCAGCUGGGAAUGAUGGCUUUCCAGCUUGAAAAAAAAAAUGCAGGGAUUUUCAGAAAAGGUGCUACCUGCCUUUGUCCCUUGGUGCCACCAUCCUGUCAUCCCUCCUAAUUAUAAACAAUCUGGUCUUGACAGCCCAUGUAACUUAAGUCAGGUCAAAAGAAACAUUCAGAUCAGCCCCUUACUGACUAAAAACGACUUGUUUAGACGCACUCAAGAUGUGUGCCUGUGUAUGAUCUGCCGCACUGAAAUCACCUCUACCAUGAAAGCUUAUUUUUUAAAUGCAGUUUUACCAGUAGAAAUAAAUUCUGAUGGUGGAGAUGAAGAAAACCCUUAAAUUAUAUCACAGAAGCCAUUAUUUUUUACAUCUAAAGGCGGUUUUUUUUUUUUUUUUUUAGUAAAAUCAUUCUACUUUGAGAACUGUAAUUAAAGCCCUAAAUAAUAGAUACUAUUUCUUUUAGCUUUUGUGAGAAAAUAGUAAUACACUUGCCAAGGUUAUAUAGAGCCCCUCAUUUCCAUCAAAAAGGUUUCUAUAUUAUUUACAUUUUUAAACAUGAUAACUCUUUCCUUUGUGAUGAAAGUCUUUUUUCUUUUUUUUCCACUCAGUGGUGGAAAAUAGACUGUUCCCAUCUGAAACCUUACUGUAAUUUGCAUCAGGAAACCCAACUGCCGACAUUUAGGACCUGGGUGUGCUCAAUUAUGAUUUUUCUGGAGGUUGUCCCUCAUUUUAAGGUGCUGCAGACAUUGAAGCACCUUUCGGAAACCUUGCUGGUACAGGAUAGCCUAGACAUGCCCCUCAACACCAUUAGUUUUGCAAAUGGCUUCACUUCAGUCAAUGCCGACUUCCGCUUUGGCCAAUUGAAAAAUGGAAAAUUAAAGGAGAGAAGAAGAAGAAGAAAAAAAAA